AUGAUUUUGGUGAUGGGAAUGAUGAUCGAGCCAUCAACUGCAAGUUACCAACAAUGUUUCGUGAGGUGCCUCAGGACAUGUAUUUGGGAUGUUGCGUGCAUGUUCAGGUGCGGUAGUAACUGUCUUAUCACAGAUCCAAUCCAUAUCGACGAGAAGAAGAAGAACAACGUCAAGUUCUGUAAUUUGGGAUGCAUUGCUACUACUCUCACUGCUCGAAAUCCGUCAGGUAAUCGUAGAUUCCGUUGUUUCGACGAAGUUCGUCAUUGGGAUCUUUUGAUAAUGUAA